GCUCGGUCACAUGAUCACUUCGCCUCGGCAAGAUGGCUGAAGACCUGCCUGCUGAGCUGGAUGUGGUGAUCCUGGGAACAGGUCUGCAGGAAUCCAUCAUCGCCGCCGCCUGUUCCCGGAUUGGACAGCGCGUCCUCCAUCUUGACUCGAGGAGUUACUAUGGGGGUAACUGGGCCAGUUUCACAUUUUCGGGUUUGCAGACGUGGAUUUCAGACUCUCAGACACAAGACGUUGCUGCGGAGGAAGACGUAAUUAAGAAGGAAGACGUACUGGAAAAUGAAAAGGUUCUGCUCCUGAACCAGCGGGACCCGACCAUCACCAACAUCGAGGUUUACACCUGUUCCAGAACAGAAGACUCGGGGGACGUGGAGGAAGUUGGGGCGCUUCCAGUAAAUCCAGAGCUCUUAACCACUGAGCCCCAGGACACCUCCUUCCAGAUCACCGCCGAGCAGCCGCCAUCAGAGGACGCCGCCCCCGCUGACCAUGAGGAGUCUGUGGAAAGUGCGACCACGACUGGUGACGUCACUGAGACAGAGCCUCCCCCUGCUGCCACCGACCACCACGCCGAGCCCCAGAGACGUGUCACAUAUUCUGAUAUAGUCAGAGAAGGAAGAAGAUUCAAUAUCGAUCUGGUCUCUAAGUUCCUGUAUUCCCGUGGACUGUUAAUUGAUUUACUAAUAAAAUCCAACGUCAGCCGCUACACAGAAUUUAAGAACGUCACCAGAAUUCUCACCUAUCAUGACGGCAAGAUUGAUCAGGUUCCGUGUUCUCGCGCUGACGUAUUCUCCAGCAAACAGUUAUCCAUGAUCGAGAAGAGAACGCUGAUGAAAUUCCUGACCUUCUGUGCAGAUUAUGAGCAACAUCCGGAAGAAUACCAAGAUCACAAGGAUCGCACGUUCUCAGAGUUUCUCCAGUCCAAGCGCUUAUCUCCCAGUCUGCAGCACUUCGUCCUGUGCUCCAUCGCCAUGGUGUCAAGAUCCACCAACACCAUGGACGGGCUGAAGGCGACACAACACUUCCUGCGCUGUCUCGGACGCUACGGCAAUACCCCUUUCUUGUUUCACAUGUACGGCCUGGGAGAGAUCCCUCAGUGUUUCUGCAGGAUGAGCGCGGUGUUCGGGGGGAUCUACUGCCUGCAUCACUCCCUGCGGGGGCUCCUGCUGGACGCACAGACCUCAGAGUGUGUGGCGGUUAUUGACAGCAGGGGUAAGCGGAUCCGCUGCCGCCAUGUGGUUAUAGAGGAGAGUUACCUGCCGGAGAGCGCCUGCGCAGACCUCUGUUACAGACAGAUCUCCAGAGCGAUUCUUAUCACAGACCGUUCAGUCUUGAGAUCAGAUACAGACCAGGAGAUUUCCGUCCUUACGGUUCCCCCGGAUGAUGAGGGUCGGACCGCCGUGCACCUGACCGAGCUCUGCUCCUCCACAAACACGUGCAUAAAACAUACAUAUCUCGUCCACCUCACGUGUCCAUCCUCCAAGACAACGGCGCGAGAAGACCUGGAGCCGGUCGUGAAGAAGCUGUUCACACUCGACUCAGAGGAAGGUCUGGGCUCGGAUCAGGAGAAGCCUCAGGCCAUGUGGGUUCUGUACUUUAACAUGAGAGACUCAUCUGGAGUAGAGCGUCAGUCGUAUACCGGCCUCCCCGCCAAUGUGUAUGUGUGCAGUGGACCGGACAGCUGCUUCGGGUACGAUGGCGCCGUUCAGCAGGCGGAGAACAUAUUUCGUCAGAUGUUACCCUCGGAGGAGUUCUGUCCUCCAGCUCCUAACCCUGAGGACAUAAUAUAUGACGGGGAACCUGCGCCGCCCGACCCCGAGGAGCCCAACCCACAAGUCGACCUGAAGGCGGAUGCGUCACCUGAAAAUGUACCCGAUGCUGCAGAGGAGCCACAGGCGGAGUGAUUCCACACGUGCCUAGCCCCACCCCCUCCACAGCGCCAUCCACAGGGGCUUGUGUAAUGGCGGUGAUGAGUCCCCCCCCUUGUCUGCUGCUGCAUCUUAAGUUAUCUUAUGUCAAUAAAUGUAACGAUUGUCAA